AUGGGGGCGGAUGCAACGCCCACUGCUCCAAAAGUCACUCAAACUCCCUCAAACCUUGGACCUAGCACCCAAGAUCGUAUCCAAACCCUUACAGACUUCCACACUCGUCUUCAGUCCGUCCGACAUAUACCUUCGUUAUUAUUGAGGCAUCCAUCUGGAUCUUCACUAUCUCAUGAAUCCGAAUUCGCAUCUUCAUUUGACCCAGCCGAUCACGACUUUGCAGCUCCAUUCCACACGACCCCGACACCAGACUUCCGCUCCCUAAAAAUCAUAGCCGAUGCCCUGCGUACUGAGAAAAUACAAGAGGCGCUAAGGGUUUCCCGCGAGAGCGAACACGCAGAUAAAAGCGACCUUGGCUUGUUCCAGAGAAAUAGUCGCAAACGAAAGCGACCACUUUCGCCAGUCGGCUCCCCUCAGCCUUACAUACCGCCGCCACCGCGUACUUCAUCAUUAUUCCCACCUACUGAAGACGAGAUUCCGUGCUUGCGUGCCGAGGGACUAGUAGAAUAUAUUCGAGAAUUCAAUCGAGGUGACAUAAAGUUACUUCCUAGCCCAGGGACUAGUGAAACCUUUCGUCCGAAAUGUAGGCUAUGCCUAUGGUCCAGAACACGCUCGCCACAACCUGACCUAUCAAUGAAUCCUAAUGCUCUGCGACCAAAGUUGACUAGCCCCGCGAUCUUGCGAUUUACGAUCGAAGACGUACUCACGGCUUACGUCUCCCUUGCGUUCAACUGCUUGGAGGACCCACUUCUUGUCGAAAGUGUAACCGUCUUUGGUCCUAGAGAGAUGAAGCUGCCUCAUAUGCAAUCCGAUUAUCUCGCAUUCCAAGUACUGUCUCAGCAUAUCGCAAAAAUGGUACAGUCUCACCCACAGGUCCCUCUUCAGACGCUCAUUCAUCUUUUGGUAUCUUAUCAGGGACUUUUUGUUGAUCGGUGUACUAGUUGCGAAAGGAUACUCUCGGCCGAGGGGCACGUUCCUCCAGCUGGGCGGUUAUGGAUUCCUAGAGGUGCUCAGCAAGCUAUUGAUCUCAAUACGAACAAAGCAGAUGAUCACGACCCCAAUCCAGACGCUAGUUCUACCAGGAGUCUAACUGCGGAUCAUAUUGAUGGACAUUGGGAAUCGCGUCAUGUCACGUGCAUGCACAGCUGA